UUCUAAUCAUAUAGUUCAGAGAGAGAGAGAGAGAGAGAGAGAGAGAGGGGAAGUCAUGACGGUACUUCACAUGAACAAAGGUGCUGGGGAGACUAGUUAUGCAAAGAACUCCACACUUCAGAGCAAGAUCAUAUCAGUUGCCAAACCAUUCGUGGAAGAAGCCAUCCUGGGGGUCAUGUGCUCUGACAUUCCCGAAAGUCUAGGAAUCGCAGAUUUGGGGUGCUCAUCGGGACCCAAUGCUCUGUCAGUAAUAUCCGAGGCGAUCGACAUUGUCCAUGCCAAGUGCGUGCGUAUGAGCCGCCUGUCCCCCGAGAUUAGAGUUUACUUGAAUGAUCUCCCCAGCAAUGACUUCAACAAUAUUUUCCUGUCACUACCCGAGUUCCACAAGAAGUUGAAGGUUGAUAAGAGCGCUGGGUUCAGGCCCUGCUUCGUCUCAGGUGUGCCCGGCUCCUUCUACGGCCGGCUAUUUCCAAGCAAAAGUUUGCAUUUUGUGCACUCUUCUUCAAGUCUGCACUGGCUCUCUCAGGUUCCAUCAGGCUUGAACCGCGAGGGAGGACCCCCACUGAACAAGGGGAAGUUGUACAUAUCCAAGACCAGCCCCGAGUGCGUGGCUCGAGCCUACGCGGACCAAUUCAAGCGCGACUUUUCGCGGUUUCUGGGGUCAAGGUCUGCGGAAAUGGUGACCGGUGGGCGCAUGGUCCUCACCUUAAUGGGCAGGAUCUCCAACAACCCCAGCUCUGAGUGCCUUCUGUGGGAGCUCCUUUCCCUUGCCCUCUUGGCAAUGGCAUCCGAGGGACUGGUUGAAGAAACGAAAGUGGAUUCCUUCGAUGCACCGUACUACGCUCCGUCUGCUGAAGAAUUGAAAUGCGAGAUAACAAAUGAAGGGUCGUUUGCCAUAGAUUACCUCGAGACAUUUGAAGCCAGCUGGGACUAUUUUGGCUGCGGAGAAGAGUACGUGCAGUUUAGCGGGGUGAGAGUGGCGAAGAUGGUGCGGGCGGUGGUGGAGUCGAUGCUUGAGUCUCACUUCGGUGGAGGCAUUUUGGUCGUGAUGGACGAGCUCUUCAGGAGAUAUGCAGAGAUGGUGGACGAUUAUCUAUCCAAGAAUAGGGCCAAGAACAUUUUGGUGGUCGUUUCUCUGAUUAGGAAGGAUGCGCCUCGGUCACUUUAAGUUUGGUCCAUAGAGAGAAGCUCUGUUGAUUAAAAAAAAAGUUCAUAUGAUUUCCCAAGGGGAAAAUCAGACAUCUCCCAUGGAGAUUUGGCUGCCACACAGUCUCGAAGGAUGUGGGCUGGUGUUUCACCGACUGGAUUGCGAAAAGCACAAGAAACAUUAAAUAUGGAAUACCUCUGCGUGCAAGGUUGCUCUUCCAAGCAAUAAUGUUAUGACAACGAAGUCGAAUGAAGUUCUGGGUUUUAGAUAAA